AUGAAGCCAAUGAGCAUCGCGCGCGCCGUCACCAUCAUCCUCAUGUGCGUCUGCGCGCUCCAGAGUGCAGCUGUUCCUUUCCCAGAGUCUGAGGUACGGCUUGAGGAACCAGUGGAAAGCGACGCACCUCAGAAUCUGGAUCAGGGCGUGGCUGCAACAUUGGAUUUGGCGAAGGAGACGAGUCCUGAGGUGCUGUUCAGAACAAAGCGUCAGAGCCACCUCUCUCUGUGCUUUUACUGCUACAACUGCUGUAAGAAUAAAGGCUGUGGGUACUGCUGCAAGUUCUAA